AUGGCCUCACUAGCUCUCCGAGUUUUGUCGCAAACCACUCGGAUGAUCGGGCCGGGAGACAGGUUGAAGAUGCACUCAGGCAUGCAGAGCAACACCAGCCCAUUAGAUGUCAAUUUGGCAUCUCUCUCCCUCGGCCACAGAAUUCCUGUCCCAAGCCUCAGCUCACGGCAAGUCCGCCAAUCUGACUUCCCCUGGAAGGAGGAGCGGGUGAACAACGCGACUCUCGAUGCAACCUUCGUUGGAACCAAGCCUAAGGGAUCACCCUUCGACCAGCCCUCCUAUUUGAACAAGCGUGGUGGUGGUGGUGGACAGGUCUAUCGCCGAAAUACCGCGUCGGUUAACCGUCCGGCGCCACAUCUCCAGUUGCAUGACGGCCAUUGUGGCGACGGCAGCAGCGAGGAGGAGCCGUCCUCUCAGGAUAUUCACAAGGGCGAAAGACGUAUCGGACGCUGCAAGAUGUGCAAAUUUGACAACGGCGUCGGCUUCUUGAUUGACGAACGUGUUGACCAAACCCCACAAGAUGUCAAGAUCCACUGGACGGACAUCUUAGCGGAUGCUUUGAUCAAGUCACUCGCCAAGGAAUCUAGUCCCCUCCCCCCCUGUGGAGAAAUUGUCGAAUACACCCUCAACAUCACCGCCAAUGGUUAUUAUGCUUCAUAUGUGACCGAUCCCGGAGGGCGCCCGAAAAUGAGCGCGGAGCAGGCCAUUGUUCAAGCUAUCGACAAACAAGCUAUAAGCUUUUCAAGCCAGCCGCUAAAUCUACCCCUCAAGAUUUACCAAUCUAAAUGGGAAAGUCUGAUCCCCAGUGCUCCCCAAACCAGAAUGGCAAGGCUGGCAAAUUUCCCACCGAACAACUCAAAGGGCUCAUCACCGAGCCCCGAGGAUCAGAUAGGCCCCAAUGCCAAGACCGCAACCAGGUCUCCCAGGCUGGCAGCCGCUGGUCUACAUCAACCAAAUCACCCUCACCCUCCCUCCGGAGUCCCAGGUCACAUCCGCAGAGCUGUACACCAACCGGGCCAAGAUGUGACGUUCCCAAUGCUUGCCUAG